CCGGAAUGCGCAACUAUAAGUACCGGGGAAUAAGAUGGUUGCAACAGACUUUGCAGGCUUAUCGUCAGACUGUUAAUUGUUGCAGCCAGUGUUCUGAUACCACUUUACAUUGCAUCCAAUAUGGCUGAAAAGACAGCUCCCGUCCCGGCCCCUGCCUACGAGGAACAGGUGGAAACCCACGAACUCACCGCUAGAGAGCCUCCAACAUAUGCGCAACCGCCCCAGGGACAGAAUACUGCCACUGAAUCGCCUCAUUUGCCUCAGCAGACCUUCUACGCUGGCUCACAACACCCGAGCGGCUAUAACACAGUGACUCCGCUGUAUGCGCUACAGAAAGGCCCGGCGCCUGUCGAUUGCCCGGCCUGCGGACAACGGCAGAUGACCCGAGUACAAGCGGAAUCGGGAAACACCACUCAUGCUUGGGCUGCAGUACUCUGCUGCUGCUUAUGUCUCGGGUGCAUUCCAUACAUGGCAUCAUCGCUAAAGGACCAGAAUCAUUACUGUGGAAACUGCGGUGCGCUGCUGGCAACUUGGCAUAAUAGCGGGCGAACAGAAGUGCAUCGAGCUGCCAGGACUUGAUGCAGAUAUUGUUUGUUUUCUUGGAUACCCAAUUUCUUUUGCGCAAUUGGUCGC